UGCUUCUUGUCCUGCCCUCAGGCGCUUUGGAGAAUAGCUUGACUCCCUCUUCGUACUUGUUUUUCUUUUCUUAUCAAGCCAAAACGUAAUUUUCUUUCUCUUCUUUCUGCUUUUGAUCAGAAGAUGUAAAACUAACACUAUUUCCAUGGGAUUCUGCUUAUCAUGAUUAAUAGAGUUGUUAUUUGGAGAGUGUCCAAAAGGAAAAGAGGGGAAAAUCUAUAUUUCUAUAGAAGUUGUUGAAUUACAACUUUCAUAAUCCCUGACUAGUGAUCAGGCUAAUUGCAACUUGUAGGAGUUGAAACCCAAAUAUUCUACAGACCUACAGGUUUGGAGCCUGAUUAUACAGGAAUCUGUAUUUAAACAAUAAUAUCCUAAAAGGUAUAAUUAUCUGUGCCAAAAGAUUUACAGUCUAAAUGUUGGAAGCAGGUUUUGCAGCCUUAUGUAACCUGCUAAGAGCUCACAAGAAUGAGCAUUGUACUAGAGUUUCUCUGGAGGAGGGUGACAUACAAAUGAAUCCAUCAGGGGAAAAAAAUCCUGCCUCUCAUAGAUGGCAACAUAUCUGGUGAUAAAAGUAGUAUCAUGAGGGUCUCUGGAGAUCAGGAGGUUUCCUUUGAGUAUCCAUGUUCAUGGAGAUGGAACUAGGAAAUUGUCUAAUAAGGCAGUUCCACAAGGUUUCUUACAGAGUGCUGACUUUUUGUUUUUAAUGGAUAACCUUUCAUAAGACUAGAUGUCAUCUUAAUAUAGCUUGUUACCAAUGUUGCAUUAGAUAUGUAUUAGUGAAAACAGACUGAGCUGACUGGAACACUCUAAGCCUAAGGCCUGGCAUAAAUAUAGAAACAUCAGCUAGGCAGAAAAGGCAGCUGUAAUCCAUAACCCAAGAUGUAAAUGGAGAAGCCAGCAAGCACGCUCAGCUGCUAUUUAUUACAAGAUAGUCCAUGUGUAUCCUAUUUACUUAUCGUAUUGUAUUAUACUCUUUCCUGAUGUCCAGGAAAACAUGCAAUGCCAUCCUGUCCAACAAAUUUCCAGACUCCUCUUAACUUCUGCUGCCAUCUCCUUUCUCAAGACUGAUAUUGUCUCAGAGCUCAGAAAUUGACCCUGGAGCAGUACAAGAGAAGAUGAUAAUAUUUCUGAGAAACCAGAGGAGCAAGAGAAGAACAGCUAAACUUACCAAGCGAUCUCAGGAGAGAGAGAAUCUCGGUAUGCUGGUCUGGUCACCCAAUCAGAAUAUUUCAGAAGCAAAAUUGGAUGAAUACAUUGCUAUUGCAAAAGAAAAACAUGGGUACAACAUGGAACAGGCCCUUGGGAUGCUGUUUUGGCACAAACAUAACAUCGAGAAAUCUCUGGCAGAUUUACCCAAUUUCACCCCCUUCCCAGAUGAAUGGACGGUUGAAGACAAAGUAUUGUUUGAACAAGCUUUCAGCUUCCAUGGGAAAACUUUUCAUCGAAUUCAGCAAAUGCUUCCUGACAAAUCAAUAGCAAGUUUGGUAAAGUUUUACUACUCCUGGAAAAAGACAAGAACCAAAACAAGUGUCAUGGAUCGUCAUGCACGAAAGCAAAAAAGAGAAAGGGAAGAAAGUGAGGAUGAAAUGGAAGAAGCAAAUGGAAAUAACCCUAUUGACAUUGAGGCUGAACAAAACAAGGAGACCAAAAAAGAGAUCUCUCCUUUGCAGAUUCCUCCCGUGGAAACAAUUCCUCAGGUAAAGAAAGAAAAGCACAGUACCCAGGCUGCUAAGAACAGGGCCAAGAGGAAACCUCCCAAAGGAAUGUUUCUCUCUCAGGAAGACGUGGAAGCUGUGUCUGCCAACGCAACCGCUGCCACCACUUUGCUCAGGCAACUGGAUAUGGAGCUCGUCUCCAUCAAGCGACAGAUUCAAAAUAUCAAACAAACAAACAGCUCUCUGAAAGAGAAACUUGAAGGGGGAAUAGAGCAAUAUAGGUUAUCAGAGGUAACAUUGAAAUUUAAUGCACGCUGGACCACAGAUGAACAGCUUCUUGCAGUACAAGCAAUCAGGAAAUAUGGUCGUGAUUUUCAAGCAAUCUCUGAUGUAAUUGGAAACAAGUCUGUGGUGCAAGUGAAAAACUUUUUCGUAAAUUAUCGGCGGCGUUUUAACAUAGACGAAGUCCUACAGGAGUGGGAAGCUGAGCAUGGGAAGGCCGAGACAAAUGGAACCAGUACACAGAAACCCGUCAAAUCUCCGGAUAAUACUAUUAAAGUAUCUGAAGAAGAAGAUGAGGCUACUUCGGUUUUGGAUGUCAGAUAUUCAUCCACUUCAUGAAAAACACAAGUAGCUUAGAACAAGAUUAUGUUUGACUACUAUGUUAUCUGAAAUAUCAGGUAUUAGCAAAACUUCAGACAGCCAUCUGCAUCAUAACUCUGUGGACAAGCAGCUAUUACCAAAAAAAAAAAAAAAGGAGAAAAAGAGAGAGGACAGAUCACAAAUAUAGGCAAACACUUCUGUUCCUGUUCUGUAUUUGCCUUAACUUUCUCCUCAAUCUUCCCAACCAACCACCAAUCCAAUUUCUGCAACUCCUGGAACAAGCUCUCCGUUUUCAACACCAUCAAGUUUUAAAGCAUCAGUGACUUCUUGAACUAACUACAUCCCUCUCUGUAAACUUUGAUUAGCCAAUCUGGCUCCUUGUCAUGCUCACAAGUUACCUCCUGACAGCAGGGGCAUUUCUAAAAUAUACUCUGUAGUAAGAUAAUAGUAUGCAUUUCUAUAUGCCCUUGUUUGAUUUAAACUUAUUUUUAUGAUAUAAUCAUUGCUGAUAAGGUAACCUUUUAUUUUAUUCUUUUUUAAUGAGUGAGUUUUCUGUUAAGAAAAGUAUUGUGUCUAUGCUGAUUAAUCCUCUCCAAAGUGAUGUCCUCCAGUAAUCCCAAUACUUGGAGGCACACUGUGGGGAAAGCUGUGCUAGUUGGUUUAGUAGAUUAUUUGAAAUUAAUGAUAGGAAGGAUGUGAUUUCCAGGAUAGAAAACAGAUUUUUUUCUAUGUCUAAUUCUGUUCUUAUAUUCAACUCCUCCUUAGAAUGCUCACUGAUAUUGUGAUUUUUAUUAUUAUAAUGAACCUUUUUAUUUAGUGCAAAAGGGAAUGUGCAGUGUGUAACCUUGCUUUGAUUCUAUAUAUGCAUAUAUUUUGCCAUUCAGUGGACUUGCAUUUUAAUCUGUAGGGGAGUAGCAAAAUAAGUGACUUGAUUUGGAUAUCCAGGGGUUUAAGACAAAGCAACAGCUUGUACUAAUUUGAGGUGCUUUUAGACAGUUGCAUUGGGGACCUCAUGUUCUAUUAAGGUGAGUGGAAGCUAUAUCUUAGCUUUCCAUGGUUAAUUGUUGAUCUGGAUGAGAUCUUAGUAGCAGUAAUCACAAAUACAAAAUAGAGUGUAUCAGUACCUAAAAUGCUUGUUGGCAAGUAAUCUUCCAGUCAUACAUUUUAUUCCAUUUCUAUCCAAUCCAUGGCUCUCCUCAGAUGACUCUAGACAUUUGGCUUUGACAGCAUGUGAGGUCCGUUCUUCUGAAAGAUGCACAGAUGUUGGGAGUUUUAAUCAGUGAGUUCUAACAAUUGAAAGUUGUUAGUAUUUUAAUUGGGCAUGCAGCAAUAUUUUUCCCCCACAUUGACUUUGGUAUCUUCUCAACUCAAAUGCACAAAUCAGAUAAAAAUGAAUUUGUAACUACAGUUACAUUUUGAGUUCCUGAAGACAGUGUAUGAAAUAACUUACCCCUAGAAAGUGGUCUAACAACAGCUGCAAAAAAAUGUUUCCUUCACUCACAGCUUAUUAUGUUAGGGCUUGCCUUUGUCAACUAAGAUUAACUCACCUAUUUACCAAUUAAUAGUUAAAGGUUGCAAAUGACAUCAGAGCAAAUGCCAGAAAAAUACCAGAAAUGUUAAAGAUAGGUGAGCCUGGUCUGGGCAUAACCACUAAGGAAAUAAUUCUCUGUCUGUAAGAGGAGAAGCCAUAGACAAAUUUAAGAAUCAAUAGAGAAUAAAUCCUUUAUAAAGAAUGUCAACCAGCUGGUCUAAUAUAGGACAGAGAAGUGGAAAAGCCCUAAGAUGCAUAUGGCAAAACCCACAUGCCCCCCCCCAAAUUCCAGUAAUACUGCUUUUAUGUUUAUGAAAUCUGAUUCAAAUUAUCAGCUCUGGGAAAUGGAUAUUUUGUGUAUUUUAAAUACCCAGUUCAUGCUUCUCCAACUUGGCAUAUUUUAGUCUUUAGUUAUGCUGUUUGGAAAUGUAGGAAUCAUCUGGAGGAUGUCAGGUUAAAGAAACAAAUUUAUUCUCUUUAGGUGAAGCGGAGUGUUUGUUAAAACACUUUCAGAUGUUUUGAUAAAGAAUUGGCAUAUUUUAACUAUGUUAUAAGGUAAACUUGGUAUAGCAUCCAGUCCUUUUGGGUGGGUGGGGAUGAUUUUUUAAAAUCUAGCUACAAUAGUAGGCAGUGUGCAAUUUUAUAAAAUCUGAAAAAUAUCUAUGUAAAUAUUUUAUAUUUAGUUAACAAAAAAAAGUAGAAUAAGAUAGAGCAGCUGGAGUGGACUGCCUGAAAUCUGUUAGCUAUGAGCUAAAAUGUAUGAUAAUUGCUUUAUGUGAUGUGUGUGCUGUUGGGUUGUACCAUUUUAGACUGCAGCGGAAAUUAAAUGUUCAUAAGCUUCCCCAUAUUUUUGUACCCAAAAAUAUGUGAGAGCUUAUGCACAUCUUUGUACAUUGUCGCAUGCACACAUUCUACUUAAUUUCCUUGGUCACAGAUGGAUUGAGCCAACUAUAAUGGUUGGGCUAGCACAUCAUGCUAAGACAUAACCCAUGGUUCACAAAUAACCAUGGUUAUACCUAGGGGUCAUACUAAAACCAAAACAAAAUGAGAUGUAUUCCCCACUUUUGUAUAUCUGGAAGAGCUAUUGCAUUGAUAUUCAGUUUGCCAAAAACCAGCAAUCCAAAUUUCUGAGUCUAAAUUACUGUCUUUUAAAGAAGUAAUAACAAUGUUUGCACUUUUUUUUACAUUAAUAUGUAGGUUUCUUAAAACAAAUUUACAGUUCACUUCUUUCAUCCCUGUUCAUUUCUGUAACAUAUAAAUAACAUUCCUUCUUCUGAAAUGAUAUUACUAACCUCUUCUAAUGACCCUAAAGCUGUUUAAUCCUAUUGAAAAACUCAUGUAUAUAAAGCAAAGGUUCCUUUUAAUGUGGUGCUAAUAGUAAGUAAUCUAUAGAAGUGGUUUUUCCUUCUUCUCCUUCUCCAAACUGGUCCCAGGGCCCUCCUGAAUAGAAUGAGAGAUGAGGAGGAAGAACAGGGCUUAGGAGGUCACAGUAACUGAACAGAAAUCUCUCUCAUGAGCAGAAAUUUCACCUGUAUACCAUCCAGGAUUUGCAAGAACAAAGGUGAACAAGACAGAAGUUCAUUAGAUAACUAGUUCCUUGAACACAAAUGAAUUAAAUCAUAUUUUCAUUACGACAUUGUUAACAUUUAAUCACUGCUCCAGCCUCAAGUGGUACAAUUAAAUGAUGAAUUUAAUAAUCAUGUGGCUUAGCUCUGAAUACUAAUAUGUUGCAUUGCUCUCUUCUGUGAAUUUACCAAACAAUAUGAUCAGAAAAAGAUUGAGUUUUAGCUCAUUCCCCUGUGGAAAUUGACACAGAAUCCCUCUAUGAGGACGAUAACUUAUGUAUAUUUUCUCAUUGUUUCAUUACUAUCAUAUUGUAGAUUUUUUUCCCCUGUAACUAAACUAUGCUUGUAAAUGUUCCAUUGUGAAAUGGGAAAACUUAUUUAGCUUUUAGUUUUUUUAAAAAAAAAUCUGAUGUUUUGUAUGGGACAAACCAGAUUUGUUAUUCAAGCAUUAUUUAAUCAAGGCUUCAUGUAUUGAUUUAGAAGGGUCCACAAAGUUUGCUACAUAAUAUGUAAAACUCACAUUUUGUUUUCUUAAACUAGCAAUGUGAAUGUUAUAGUUAUAUAUAUUUUGUGGAAGAUGGAAAAUUUUAUUUCUUACUAGGUAUAAAUUAUUGUGCAUAACUAUAGUAUCACAAAAAAGUGAUACUUCUUUUUUUAAAAAAACCAGCAAAACCCUAGUUUUAGAAAUCUUAACCAAUGUAUUGUAUAUGCACCAGAAUUUUACAUUUGUUUUAUUUAAUUUUUAAAUGUAGUUGUGUAAUACAACAGUAAAUUUUUCAUUUUCCCUGCA